CCUCCUUUUGUGGGCGUGUGUUUAGGAAUCCAACGUGGCAGAAGCUUGAGUAGAGGGAAGCACGGCUUAAUUUAUCUCUCUUUAUUGUACUUUAUUAGUCUGUAUUCAGGCGAUGAGCGGUUAUUUACACAACUUCUGCUUCGGUGAGCGCGUGCGUUGUGGUUUUUGAGUGCAUGUUGUAUUAAAACCGUGGUGUUUCUGUCAGCUGGUUCCACGCGAGAGAAACUAAGAGCAGAAGAACAAAGACACGCGGGGAGUUACAGAUACACACAAGAUGAGCUCAGAAAAGCCACCAUUGCCAGAAGAUGGAGUAGAGGUGGGGCAGGUGGUGGGGCCUGUGGAAGUUCCUGAUGCCCCAUUGGACAGAGUGCGUGAUGGGUGGGACAGUAAGGUGGAGUAUUUCCUGGCUCAGGUGGGAUUCAGUGUUGGACUUGGGAACGUGUGGAGAUUCCCCUACUUGUGUCACCAGAACGGUGGAGGAGCGUUCCUGCUGCUCUAUGUUCUGCUGAUGGUGGUGGUCGGUGUGCCGUUGUUUUUUCUGGAGUUAGCAGUGGGUCAGAGUAUCAGACAGGGCAGCAUCGGUGUCUGGAGGCACAUCUCACCAAAACUUGUUGGGAUUGGCUACUCCAGCUGCGUGGUGUGUUUCUUCGUGGCACUGUAUUAUAACGUAAUCAUCGCUUGGAGUAUUUUUUAUCUCUUUAAAUCAUUCCAGAGUCCGUUACCCUGGGAGAACUGUCCUAAAGAGGGGAACACCACAGUACCCGAGUGUGAUGCGAGUUCUCCUACAUCAUACUUCUGGUUCCGUAAAGCUCUGGAUAUUACGGACUCUAUCGAUGACAAGGGAGAGUUUAACCUGAUCAUCACUGGCUGUCUCGCUCUCGCCUGGCUCGUCGUCUGCCUCGCCAUGUUCAAGGGCAUCAAGUCUUCUGGCAAGGUGAUGUAUUUCUCCUCCGUGUUCCCCUACCUGGUUCUGCUGUGCUUCCUGAUUCGAGGUCUGACGCUGGACGGAGCAGCAGAGGGACUCAAGUACAUGUUCAGUCCUAAGUUGGAGAUAUGGGGUGAUGUACAGGUGUGGCGUCAGGCGUUCACUCAGGUGUUCUUUGCUCUGGGUUUGGGUUUUGGCUCCAUCAUAGCGUACUCCUCCUACAACCAGCGUAAUAAUAACUGUCACCGUGAUGCCUACACCGUCUCCACCAUCAACUUCCUCACCUCCAUCCUCGCCUCGCUCGUCGUCUUCUCUGUGCUGGGAUUCAGGGCCAAGUCCUUCACCAAGACCUGCAUCUCAAAAAAUCUGAAACUGUUAUCUGAAGCAAUCUCGUCCUCAGUUACUCUACCCCCUCUUCUUAUUAACAUAACGGAGGCGGACUCUGUUUCUGUGGAGAUGUAUAAACACUGGUACGAGGUGCAGGGAAAUCAGCUGAACCUCACUGGCUACAGCAUCAGCAACUGCAGCCUGGAGGACGUCAUGAACAAGGGAGUAGAGGGGACAGGUCUGGCAUUUAUAGCCUUCACUGAGGCAAUGACUCGGUUCCCCGCCAGUCCCUUCUGGUCAGCUCUGUUCUUCCUCAUGCUCAUCAACCUGGGACUGUCCACCAUGUUCGGUACCAUGGAGGGGAUCCUCACCCCACUGUCUGAUACCUUCUCCUCACUGAGGAACCACAAACUCAUCUUCACAGUGUGUAGCUGUGUGUUGGCGUUUGUGAUUGGUCUGUUGUUCACUCAGCGCUGUGGGAAUUACUUUGUGGUGAUGUUUGAUGAUUACUCCGCCACACUGCCGCUCAUCAUCGUCGUCGUUUUCCAGACCGUCAGUAUCGCCUGGGUGUAUGGGGCGGACAGGUUCCUGGAGGAUAUCAGACAGAUGCUGGGCCGCCCAGUGUGUGUGGUUUAUAAGUUUCUGUGGAAGUACGUGUGUCUGUUAGCCAUGCUGACUCUGCUAGCAGCCAGUCUACUGAAAAUGUGUCUAAAACGACCACAAUACACAGCCUGGAACAGAGAUACGGCAUCAGAGGUGAAAUUGGCCUAUCCUGAUUGGGCAUUGGCCAUGCUCUCAACACUCAUCAUCAUUGCAGUACUUCCUGUUCCUCUGGGUUACGCCCACACCAUGUUAAAACAGCGGUUCAGCCAGUCAGCUCUCGACACUGAGGCACGAUACGCCCCCUGCAGCACCGUGGACACUGACUCUGCCCCUCUCAGCACGCUGCAGAAUGCGGACUUAAAUCCUACCUCCUCCCCGUUGGCCGAGGAUGGCUACAGGCUCCUCCCACAGACUGGAGAGGAGGAAGUAAGCACCAUUGGGGCCAUUAUCCACAAGUGGAAGCAAAAUCACUCCAUCAUCAACCGGCCAUGCACAGGAGCUCCUCACAAGAUUUCUGACCAGGGAGUCAGAAGAAUAUUCAGAAGAGUAGCCCAAGAGCCAAGGACCACUCAGAAAGAGCUCCAGAAAUGUCAUGAUGUCUGGUGAAAAUCUCAUGUGAAUAACCUCAUCGGAAAUAUAAUGAAUCUAAUAUUCAUAAUUUAUUGUAGGGCUGUAAUACUGUUACAGAGCAACACUGCACUCAAUCUUUCUAUCGAGAGACCUGAUUGGUCACAACAUGAAACGGUGCUAGUUAGUGAUCUAAUUAUUAAACUAGGUAAAGCUUUCCAGGGAAAAUGAACUAGUUAAUAAAGUUGUUCAGCAAAUAUUAAAUAUGUAAGACUUUGAGGAAGCUGUUUAAACUCUAAUAACACAACAUUAAACACAAUAACACGUGUGUAAUGUAUUUGAGUCAUCAUUAGACAUUGUAUUUAAACAGUCCUGAUAUCGUGAAUAUUUCAGUACUGUUAUGUUUAUUAUUUAUUUAUAGUUAGUGAUGCAAUUGAUCUCAAGAAAGUGAUCAAUGUAACACACAACUUACACAAAUAAUAACUUUAAUGCUGAUUAUAAAGUGAUUAAGUACGUGGCUUUUCUGAAUGUGACUCCCAUUAAAAUUUCUAAAUAUAAAAUCCCCAUUUUUAUAAUUAAUAUAAGAACUAUCACUAAUUUGUAAAAUAAAUGAAAGAGGAGAUUGUGAGUUAGAUUUGUGACCCUAUUUGUGAAUCAGUAAACCACACGUGGGGUCACGAGUUUUAGUUUGGAAACACCUGUUAAAACUUUAUUUACUGUAGACCCUUAACAGUAAAAAGGCUAACGAAUAUCAGUCCAAAUGUUCUUCAGUUCAGCUCUAAUGUCAUGACACACAGUACAUCUAGAUACCUGAAGGUACACACACAUUAUAUUACACACACAUGAUUAAUAAUUAGUUAAAUAAUUAAUGUAUAAUUAUUUUUCAAGUAUAUGAAAAGCACCACAUUGUAAAAGUGUUCAGUUUGCAGUGUUGUAGAGAUGGAGGAAUAAAAGGCCAGAAAGGAGAGAGAGCUGAAUCGAAGCUGCUGAUUGGUCAGCUGCUCUAACGCUCAUUACGACAUCAUGAUUUGGACUUUCACCAGUUCAGUGGGAAAGUUUUCACAUCACCUUUUAUUUAUUUAUUUAUUUAUACAGCACAUGUACAAAGAGAACAAGAACCGGUCAACUGGAACGCUGUACAGUAACAUCAGGCAAAUACAAACCGCAAAUAAUAUAUAUAUAUAUAUAUAUAUAUAUAUAUAUAUAUAUAUAUAU